UAAUGUGUACAAAAUAUUUGUCGGCCUAUUGCCUGAACCAACAUCAUAAACAGCAAUUUUUAACAAUUUAUCGUUAUAAAAAUUUAUGGAAUUAUUUAGUGAAAAGUAAAAUGCAUAUUAAAGCAGCUUUAAUUGAUUUAAGUGGCACUCUACAUGUGGAAGACCAACCAACUCCUGAUGCUGUCAAUGCCCUUAAAAGAUUGCGUGAUUCUGGUGUGAUGAUUAAAUUUGUCACCAACACCACCAAAGAAUCCCGACAAACUUUAUUAAAUCGUUUACAAACAAUUGGAUUUAAUGUGGAUAAAGAUGAAAUACACAGUUCUUUGAGUGCUGCUGUGGAAUAUGUUAAGCGAGAACAAUUAAAUCCCUUCUAUUUGGUAAGCAAAGAUGCCCGCACAGAUUUUCCGGCAAAUGACGAAGGAAAACCAUUCGAUUCGGUGGCUGUGGGAUUGGCACCCGAUGAAUUCCAUUAUGAAAAUCUCAAUAAAGCUUUUAACAUAUUAUUGGCCAAUAAGGAUCACAAAUUAAUUGCCAUACACGAAGGAAAAUACUAUAAGCGUAAAGAUGGCUUGGCUUUAGGUCCUGGUUGUUUUGUUAAGGGUUUGGAAUAUGCCACUGGUGCCAAGUCCAUAUUAAUUGGUAAACCAAAUGAAUAUUUCUUUAAAAGUGCCUUGUCCGAUGACAUUAAUAUGGAUGAAUGUGUUAUGAUUGGUGAUGAUCCUAAAGAUGAUAUUGUUGGUGCUAUGAAAGUCGGUCUUAAAGGUAUACAAGUUAAAACUGGUAAAUAUUUGCCCGAUGUAGUGGUUGAUCCACCACCCACCGCCUUGGUAGAGAAUUUUUCAGAAGCUGUUGAUUGGAUUAUGAAAAAUAAAUAAGUUUAUUAAGGAUACAAAUUUAUAAUUGAUAGAAUUAAACAAAUUAAAUUUAUAAUUAUAAUAAAAAAAUAUCCGAGAAGGGUUCACAUCAUGAGUAAUGUAUACAAGUUUAACAA